AUGAGACAAAACGAUACAAACGAGCAGCCCUGCAUGUCUGUCCGAUGCUGUUGCAAGCUAAUAGCGAAAUGCGAGGAAAAACCGAUCGUCGCAAAGACGACACCGAAACCGCGAAAUAGUGACUGCGGCAAACACACCCAAAUGAGCCUUUGUGAUUUCUUAAAAUCGCAACCGAUCCCAGACUGGAUCAAAGUGAAUGAUACGCGCCCGCAACAACAUCCCCGGGAUGAGCAGUGUUCAACGAAACCUACGUCUGAUGAACGGAAAGGAAAUACUGUCCCGGAAGACAUGCAAUCGUCGCAGAUCAUCAUUAACUUCGGAACGGUCGUAACCAAUGGGGCGUGCAAGCGAGACUCGUGUCAACAGACCGAUCCGGAAGUUAAAGACGUGACCGUUCCGAUGGAAAAGAACCGAGUAUGUCAGACCACCACCAGUCCACCGGUCGAUCGACCAAGCGCUACGUAUCCGUCAACCAAUCGGCCGACCUCCGUUUGCCCACCAGUCAAUCGGUCGACUUCCGUCUGCCCAACACCAGAUCAGUCGACCUCCACCUAUCCACAAACCAAUCGGCCGACGUCCAACUGUCCAUCGACCAAUAAUAGGCAAACCUCCACCGGUCCACCAACUAAUCGGCCAACCUCUAUUUGCCCACCGAAAGAUCAUUCAAUGUCCACCUGUCCGCCAACCAAUCAGUCGACUUCCACCUGUGCAAAAACCAAUCGGCCAACGUCCAACUUUCCAUCGUCCAAUCAGUCAACCUCCAACGCUGCGCCAACCAAUCGACCUACCUCCACCUGCCCACCAGCCAAUCGAUCAACCUCCACCUGUCCGGCAGCCCGUCCCGAAUCUGUAGUUAAUAAGUCAACGUGUGGUUGCAACUGCCACUCGAAGCUCUAG